UUUCCUGGAGGGGAAAGAGGGGGGGAACCCAAGCCAACAUGGUCUCCCCGCGUCCUCUGUUCCCCUCUUCCCUCUUCCCCCUCCUUUCAUCUCAGUAGGAAUCGGAUUUUCCUUCCUCUGCCCGGAGCUUUGUCCUCCCCAGACUCAGACAAGACUCCAGGAAGGAAGCCGGGAUGGAUUACAGCUCGCUCAGUGGGGUCCCGCGCUUCCUGACCCGGCCCAAGGCGUUCAUGGUGUCUGUAGGGAAGGAUGCCACCCUGAGCUGCCAGAUCAUUGGAAACCCCAUCCCAGUGGUGAGCUGGGAGAAGGAUAAACUUCCAGUGCAGUCUGGGGGAAGGUUUAAAACCACGGAGGAUGGGGAUUUGUACCGGCUAACCAUCUACGACCUGAGCCUGGAGGACAGCGGCCAGUACAUCUGCCGGGCCAAGAACACCAUCGGGGAGGCUUUUGCUGCUGUCAGCAUCAAGGUGGGAGAGGAGACCACAGUCACAGAGUCAGCUCCUUACUUCAUCCAGAAACCUUCCAACAUCAAAGUAACCCUGGGAGAAGACGCCAUGUUCAAAUGCAAAGUCCAGGGCAGCCCUCCCCUCUCGGUGAACUGGGAGAAGGAUGGGCGAUACCUGAGGAACAAAGCGGACGCUGGGCGCUUCCAGAUCGAGUCUGCUGGCGAGUCCAACGCUCUCACCAUCCAGUGUGCCCAGCUUGGGGACAGUGGCACCUACACGUGCCGGGCAGAGAACCUCAUCGGAUCCGCCAGCGCCUCGGCCGCGCUGGUGGUGGAAACGCGCGGCUCCUCCAACCCCGACAGCAGCGGCAAGACGGCCUCCUUGCUGUCCCACCUGCAGAAGAGGCGGGAGGAGAUCAGGAAGAUGGACAUCUCCCACGGCACUCUGGACUCUGCCUACUCGGCGGUGGAGGGGCUGUCCAGCCUGGGCUACGGCCUGUCCCGGGACUACGAGCGGGCGGCGGGGCUGGCCAAGGGCACGCGCAACGCCACGCCCGGGGCGCUGACGCGCACCUGCAGCGUGACCGAGGGCAAGCACGCCAAGCUCAGCUGCUACGUGACAGGAGAGCCCAAGCCCGUGAUUGUGUGGAAGAAGGACAACGAGGUCAUUGAGGAAGGCCGGCGGCACGUCAUCUACGAGGAUGACCAGGAGAACUUUGUGCUGAAGAUCCUCUUCUGCAAGCAGACGGACAACGGGCUGUACACCUGCACGGCCUCCAACCUGGCGGGGCAGACCUACAGCUCUGUGCUGGUCACUGUCAAAGAACCCACCAUACCCUUCAAGGCGAAGCUGAAGGACCUCGAGGUGAGGGAGAAGGAAUCUGCCACGUUCCAGUGCGAAGUGCCCGUGGCUGGGACAGAGACAGCUUGGUUCAAGGAGGAGACCAAGCUGCAGCAGAGCAAGAAGUACAACAUCGAGGAGGAGGGCACCUACCGCCGCCUCACCGUGCAGAACGUCACCACGGACGAUGAUGCUGUUUACAUCUGUGAGAUGAAGGAAGGGAGCAGGACCAUUGCAGAGCUCUCUGUCCAAGGGAACAUCAUUAAAAAGCUCCCACGGAAAACUGCUGUCUUCAUCAAGGACACAGCCACCUUCUGCGUGGAGCUGGACAACGACUGCCAGAACGUCAGGUGGCUGAAGAACAGAGAGGAAGUGAAACCCAGCGACCGCAUCUCCAUCACGCGCUCUGGCAAACAGCACACCAUGACCAUCCGGGAGUGCAAGGUGGAAGAUGCUGGGGAGAUUGCCUUCCUGGCUGAUGAAAGCAGGACUUCCACCCAGUUCACUGUGACCACUCCCAAAAAACCUCCCACCCAACCCCCAUCUGACCCUGUGGUGAAAAAUAAAACAGAAACCUCAGUGACCCUGGCGUGGUCCCCUCCGAGGAUGGAGCGGCCCAUCCCAGUGGACGGCUACAUCGUGGAGCGCAAGAAACUCACUGGCUUCACCUGGGUGAGGUGCCAUGAGUCCCACGUCCCCAGCCCCGAGCUCACGGUCAGCAACCUGCCAGAAGAGGCUGAUUACCAGUUCAGAGUGUCUGCUGUCAAUGCCUAUGGACAGAGCCCCUACCUGGAGUUCCCUGGGAGCCUGCACCUCGAACCCGUCCUGGCUGUGAAGAACCCCCUGACAACAGCUGAAGUUGCACCUGGAGGUGAUGCCCUGUUCACUGUUGACCUGACCAAGACAUGUUCUGGCACUUGGUACCUGAAUGGCAAAGUCUUACAGGAAAGUGAGACCUACGUCAUCAACAGAACCCAAACCACUCACACCCUGGUCAUUAAAAAUGUCACCAGGAAAGAUGAUGGGGCAGAAGUGAAAUUUGUUGCCAAUGACGUUGAGACCAGCACCAAGAUGAGAGUGAGAGGAGCUGCAGUGAGAUUCACCAACAAGACCAAAGAUGUAGAAAAAGUCUCAGCUCGGCUGAGGGAGGAAGCCAAACUCCAGGCUGAGCUUUCAGACACAGAGGCCACUGUGAAGUGGAUGAAAGAUGGGAAGGAGCUCAAGGCCAGUGAAAAAUACGAGUUCCAAACUGUGGGCAAGAGGCACAUCCUGAAAAUCCGCAGUGCUGCUGAGGAGGACGCUGGAGUCUAUGAGUGCUUCUGUGAAGGGGAUAAAAUGGUUUAUCAGCUCUCAGUGAAAGCACUUGCAAACUUUGUAAACAAAGAGAAAACUGGAGGGGUUGUCAAGGCCAUUGCUGGGAAACGGGCUGAGCUUGUGUCUGAGACCUCUGAGGCCAACAUCAUGGUGAAGUGGUACAAAGAUGGGAAGGAGAUCACAGCCAGCAAGAAAUUCACCAUGGAAGACAAAGGAAAGCUGCACAAGCUUGUGGCUUCAGCUGUGACAAAGGAAGAUGAAGGAACUUACACCUGCAAAAUUGGGGAUGACACCCUUACUUUUGAUUUAAAAGUCUCAGAUGAAGCUGUUACUUUUGUCAACCAGCCCAAAACUACUCCAGAAGUGUCAGUCAGUCCUUCUGAGAACCUGGAGCUGGUGUGUGAGGUGUCAGCUGCAGGUGGGGCCGUGGUGUGGAGGAAGGAUCACACUGAGGUGAAGCAGGACCAGAGGACAACAAUUGUCUGCCAGGGGACACAACGCAAGCUCAUCGUCAAGAAGGUGACACAGCAAGACCAAGGCAGCUACACCUGUGAGACAAAGGACGACAGAACAACAUUCCAAGUCAAAGUCAGAGAGCCAGAGGCUGUGUUUACAAACAAGGAGAAGGUGCAGAAAGAGGUGAAGGCUGCACUGUCAGAAAAUGCCACGCUGAGCUGCGAGGUGGCCCAGGAGAAAACAGAGGUGAAGUGGUACAAGGAUGGGAAACUGAUCACCUCCAGCAAGAAGUUCAAGGUGGAGUCGGAGGGCAAAUUGCGUCGUCUGGUGGUGGGUCAGGUGGAGAAGAAAGAUGCAGGGGAGUACACCUGUGAGGCUGCUGGCCAAAAACUCACCUUCAGGAUUGAUGUCACAGAAGCAGAGGAUGCAUUUAUCCACAAGGACAAAGUGAAGAAAGAGGUGAAGGCUGCACUGUCAGAAAAUGCCACGCUGAGCUGUGAGGUGGCCCAGGAGAAAACAGAGGUGAAGUGGUACAAGGAUGGGAAACUGAUCACCUCCAGCAAGAAGUUCAAGGUGGAGUCGGAGGGCAAAUUGCGUCGUCUGGCGGUGGGUCAGGUGGAGAAGAAAGACGCAGGGGAGUACACCUGUGAGGCUGCUGGCCAAAAACUCACCUUCAGGAUUGAUGUCACAGAGGCAGAAGACGCCUUUAUCCACAAGGAGAAGGUGCAGAAAGAGGUGAAGGCUGCACUGUCAGAAAAUGCCACGCUGAGCUGCGAGGUGGCCCAGGAGAAAACAGAGGUGAAGUGGUACAAGGAUGGGAAACUGAUCACCUCCAGCAAGAAGUUCAAGGUGGAGUCGGAGGGCAAAUCACGUCGUCUGGUGGUGGGUCAGGUGGAGAAGAAAGAUGCAGGGGAGUACACCUGUGAGGCUGCUGGCCAAAAACUCACCUUCAGGAUCAAUGUCCCAGAGCCAGAAGAUGCCUUUAUCCACAAGGAGAAGGUGCAGAAAGAGGUGAAGGCUGCACUGUCAGAAAAUGCCAUGCUGACCUGCGAGGUGGCUCAGGAGAAAACAGAGGUGAAGUGGUACAAGGAUGGGAAACUGAUCACCUCCAGCAAGAAGUUCAAGGUGGAGUCAGAGGGUAAAUCGCGUCGUCUGGUGGUGGGUCAGGUGGAGAAGAAAGAUGCAGGGGAGUACACCUGUGAGGCUGCUGGCCAAAAACUCACCUUCAGGAUCGAUGUCCCAGAACCAGAAGUUGUGUUUACAAAUAAGGACAAGGUGCAGAAAGAGGUGAAGGCUGCACUGUCAGAAAAUGCCACGCUGAGCUGUGAGGUGGCUCAGGAGAAAACAGAGGUGAAGUGGUACAAGGAUGGGAAACUGAUCACCUCCAGCAAGAAGUUCAAGGUGGAGUCAGAGGGUAAAUCGCGUCGUCUGGUGGUGGGUCAGGUGGAGAAGAAAGAUGCAGGGGAGUACACCUGUGAGGCUGCUGGCCAAAAACUCACCUUCAGGAUCGAUGUCCCAGAGCCCAAACCUGCAUUUAUAAACCAGGAAAAGGUCCAGAAGGAGGUGAAGGCUGUCCUGACAGAAAGUGCCACCCUCACGUGUGAGGUAGCACAGGACACAACUGAAGUGAAGUGGUACAAGGAUGGAAAACUGCUCGUGUCCUCUCGGAAAUUCAAAAUAGAGACCUUGGGCAAAUCCCGGCGCCUGGUGGUGGGGCAGCUGGAGAAGAAGGAUGCUGGGGAAUACAUCUGUGAGGCUGCGGGCCAGAAGAUGACCUUCAAACUGGAAGCAACUGAACCAGAGGCUAAAUUUGAAAAGAAAGUUGUCCAGAAAGAGCCUCUCAUUGUUCAAGAACACGAAAGCAUCACACUGACAACCUCAGUCACGCCUGAAACCGCUGCAGUGAGGUGGUUCAAGGAUGGCACAGAAAUCAAGGCGAGCAAGAAAUGUGUGAUCAAAAGUGAGGGGGCAUCCAGGACGCUGACAGUGAACGCAGCUGAGAGCACAGACUCUGCCCUCUACACCUGCCAGACAAAGGAUGACAAGCAGGAAUUCAUAGUCCAGGUGAAAGAAAUCCCGGUGAAGUUUGCCAAGAAGCUGGAGGCCGUGAAAGCUGAGCUUGGUGGCAGCGUGUCCCUGAGCUGUGAGCUGAGCCACCCCAAGGGGAAGGUGACGUGGAGCAGGAAUGGCGUGGAGAUCAAGGCCAGCAAGCGUUUCCAGAUCCGUGAGGAGGGAAUCAAACGGACCCUGACCAUAACGGGGAUCCGGGCUGAGGAUGAGGGAGAAUAUUCCUGCGAGUCCAGGGAUGACAAGAGCAGCAUCACCAUUGUCCCCAAACCUCCCAGAGUGGUGAAAUUCGUCACAAGUCUCAACAGCGUGGUGUCUGAGGAAGGAAAAGAGGCUGUUUUCAAGUGCACCGUCUCCCCCAGUGAUGCUGUGGUCACCUGGCUCAGGAAUGGUGCCAAGAUUGAAGCCAGCAAGAAAUAUGUGAUCUCUCAGAAGGACACCAACCACAGCCUCACCAUCACUGACCUGACACUGGAGGAUGCAGCUGAAAUCACUGCCAAUGCUGAGGGUGUGGAAAGCACAGCCAACCUCAGAGUCAGAGAGGCCUCAAUCUCCUUCAAGAAGAAGCUGGAGCCCAAAACAGUUGAAGAGAGGGAGACAGUGACCUUGGAGGUAGAGCUGACCAAACCUGCAGAGGUGAAGUGGAUGAGGAACAGCAUUGUGCUGAAGCCCAGUGACAAAAUAGAGAUCAAAGCUGAGGGAACAAAGCACACCUUGGUGGUCAAGGACAUCUCCUUUGCUGACCGGGGCUUCUACUGCUGUGAGAGCCCUGAUGACACCACCCAGGCCAAGAUCAAUGUGGAAAUGAGGCAGAUCAAGCUGGUGAAAGGCCUCCAGCCCCUGGAGGUGACUGAGAAAGGGACUGUCACCUUUGAGGUGGAGGUGUCCCACGAGGACGUGGAGGGGACCUGGCAGAAGGAUGGUGUUCGUCUGAAACCUUCACCCAACGUCAGCUUUGGUGUCCUGGGCAAGAAACACUCCCUGACUCUCUCCUCAGUGGCUCUGGAAGAUGCAGGACUCAUCUCCUUCAAAGCAGAGGGCAUUAACUCAUCAGGGAAGCUCACUGUGAAAGAAUUGCCUGUGAGGAUCAGCACACCUCUGGCAGACGUCAGUGUAACUCAGAAGCUCAAGGCCACAUUCGAGUGUGAGCUGUCCAAACCCAAUGCCAAUGUGAAGUGGUUCAAGGAUGGGAAGGAGAUCCGACAAAGUAAAAACAUUGGGAUUGUCUCCCAAGGAAAUAAGAGAAGCCUCAUUAUUUACAAGUGUGAAUAUGAAGACCAGGGAACCUAUACAUGUCAAGCAGCUGAAGACAAGACAUCAGCUACUCUAAAGGUUCAUGCCCGAGAUGUCAAGAUUGUAAAACCACUGGAAGAUGUGGAAGUGAAUGAAUACGAAAGUGCAUCUUUCAUCUGUGAGAUCUCACACGACGAGGUGGAAACCCAGUGGUACAAAAAUGACAACAAACUGAAGACUUCCAACAACAUCAAAAUGCGACAAGAUGGUAAGACCUAUUCCCUGACGUACGCACGUGUCCAGGUCGAGGAUGCGGCCGAGAUCAAAUUCGUAGCAGAAAAGGCAGAAUCUCGUGCUCACUUGACUGUAAAAGAGCUGCCUGUGAAAAUCGUGAAGCCCUUGCGGGAUAAGAUCGCCCUGUGGAAGCACCGGGGGGUCCUGGAGUGCCAGGUGUCCCGGGCCAAUGCCAAGGUCAGGUGGUUCAAAAAGGACAAGGAAAUUCACCCUGGUGUGAAAUACGAGAUCGUGAGCGAGGGCGUCUAUCGGAAACUCGUCAUCAACGACGCCAACUACGAGGAUGAGGACACGUACACCUGUGAUGCCUUCGAUGACAAAACCAGUGCUAAUUUCUUUGUUGAAGAGCAAGCCAUUAAUAUUGUAAAAGAAUUGUGUGAUGAGGACGUGACUGAGCCUGAAGAAGCCAAUUUUGAAUGUGAGACAUCCAUUCCAUCUGUGAAACCUGCCAAGUGGUUCCUGAAGGGAGCAGCCUUGCAGGCUGGCAGAAACAUCAUCAUGCAGCAGGAAGGCACCAUCCACAGGCUGACAAUAAUCAAAACAAGUGUUGAUAUGACAGGCACCAUCCAGUUCUCCAUUGGCAAAUCCAAAUCCACAGCGAACCUGCUCGUCAGAGAUUACCACAUCCAGAUCACCAGGAAGCUGGAGGACAAGACCGUCCUGGAGAGACACUCGGUCAUCCUGUCCUGUGACUUCAGGCCUUCCCCAAAGCACGUCAAGUGGUUCAAGGGCCAGGAGCUCAUUGAGCCCUCGGAGAAGUACAAAAUCAAGAGGGACCAGUACUCAGCAGAGCUGAAGAUCAUGAAGGUGAAGCCUGCGGAUGCUGGUGUGUACAAGUGCAGGGCUGGGAUCGCCGAGACCGAAGCCACGCUGAGCGUUGAAGCCCGCAACGUAGAGGUCCUGAAGCACCUGCAGGACGUGGAGGUUGAGGAGGACAGCUCUGCCGUGUUCUCCUGCGAGCUGUCCCACGAUGACGAGGACGUAGAGUGGUUCCUCAAUGGCACCCUCCUCUACACCAACAACUUCAACGACAUCAAGAAUGUGGGCAAGUGCUACAUGCUGACCGUGAAGCAGGUGAAGCCUGAGGAUGCUGGCACGGUGACAAUGAAGUCGGACAAGGUGUCAGAGACCGUGCGGCUGAAGGUGAUAGAGAAACCUGCUGUCUUCAUGAAAUCCUUGGAUGAUGUUUUCGGUGAGGAGCGAGGAGUGAUCAAACUGGAAUGUGAAGUCUCCAAGGAGAAGGUCAAACCUGUUUGGAAAAAGGAUGGUGUGAAGAUCGCUUCUAGCAAGAAGUAUGAGGAGAUACAGUCUGGGAAGACCCUGUGCCUCCUUAUCCAUGACCUGGAAAAGACAGAUGCAGGAUUAUACACCUGUGACAUCGGCACUGAUGUUGCCAAAUCAAAGGUCAGCGUUCAGGAGCUGAACAUUGGCAUCACCAAAAGGCUCAAGAACACUGAAGUCCAGGAGGGAGAAGAUUGCACUUUUGAGUGCAUUUUGUCCCACGAAAGCAUCGAUGACUUCAACUGGACCCUGAACGGGAGUAAAGUGGAAAGUGGGGGGAGGUUUAAAGCCUCCAAUGCAGGUCGGAAAUACACACUGAGUAUCAAAAAUGUCAUUCCUGCUGACACUGGGGAAGUCAUCUUCACUGCCCGUGGUCUCACCUCCAAGGCUUCCCUGCUUGUGAAAGAAAAACCUACUGAGGUUACAAAACAGCUGGAGAAUAAAACAUCCCCAGCAGGGCAGGACAUCAGCCUGAGCUGUGAGCUGUCCAAAGCUGAUGUGACCAUCAGGUGGUACAAGGACGGCAAAGCAAUCAGGAAAAGCCAGAAGUACGACCUGCAGCAAGAGGGGACACGGGCCACUCUCAUCAUCCGAGACUCCACGGUCAAGGACGGUGGGGAAUACACCUGUGAGACUGAGACCUCCAAAACAACAGCCAGGGUCACAGUGCAAGAAAAACCUAAUUAUUUUGUCAAAGAACUCUCAGACCUGAAAGUGGAUGAGAGUGGAACUGCAGUUUUUGUGUGCCAGAGUGAGAGAGCUGCAUCCUCUGUGGUCUGGAGGAAAGGCAUCGCUGAGCUCCGGGCUGGCAGGAAAUACGAGAUGAUACAGAAAGGACAAGUCCUCCAGCUGACCAUAAAGAACCUGGAGAAAAGUGACAGUGACACUUACAGCUGUGACAUUGGGGAUGCCCAGUCCAGAGCCAAGCUAACCGUGCAAGGCCAGAAAGUGCUAAUAACAGAAGACCUGGAGGAUGUCACUGUGUUAGAAGGAGAAUCUGCCAUGUUCAAGUGCAGAAUCUCUCCCGUAGACUAUAGCAGAGUGCAGUGGUUUUUGGAUAAAACCCCACUCCAUACCAAUGAACUUAAUGAGAUCCAGUCCCAGCCUGGUGGAUAUCACCUGCUGACGCUGAGAAAGCUCUCACUGAAGGACUCGGGGCUCAUUACAUUUGAAGCUGGUGAUAAGAAAACAUCUGCCAGUUUGGUUGUUAAAGAAACACCAGUUCUCUUCAAGCAAGAGCUCCAAAACGAAGAAGCCAAAGAAGGAAAGCAGGUCAGGCUGACCUGUGAGCUCAGCAAACCUGGUACCCCAGUGAAGUGGAUGAAGGGAGACACUGUUCUCUAUGCCAGUGAGAAGUAUGAAUUUAAGCAGCAUGGGACUGUGGCAGAGCUCAUCAUUCGAGAUGUGAAAUCUGUAGAUGCUGGGGACUACACCUGCAGUGCUGGGGAACUGAAAACCACUGCUCGGGUCAAAGUGAAUGCUGUGCCUGUGCUUUUCAAACAAGCCCUGGAGAACACGGCUGUGGAGGAAGGGAAAUCUGUCUCCUUGCGCUGUGAACUCACAAAAGCUGAUGCCACCACCGUGGUGUGGAAGAAGGGAGAAGCCACGCUCCAGGCAAGUGCCAAAUAUGAAAUGAAGCAGAAGGGGACAGUGGCAGAGCUGGUGAUUCAUAAUGCAGAGCCAGAAGAUGCGGGAAGAUACACCUGUGACACUGGAGACCAGCAGACCACAGCCCAAGUCCAAAUCCAUGCUGUGCCCGUGCUCUUCAAGGAAGAGCUGAAGCCCGUGGAAGCUGUGGAAGGUGGGACAGCCACCCUGAGGUGCCAGCUGGGCACAGAGGCCCCCGUGGAGUGGAGGAAGGGGCAAACUCUUCUCCGGGCCAGUAACAAGUACAAGAUGAGGCAGGAGGGCACCGUGGCUGAGCUGCUGAUCCACGACCUGGAGCCAAAGGAUGCUGGAGAUUAUUCAUGUCUAGUGGGGAACCAAAAAACCACAGCAGCUUUGUCAGUGAAUGCCCUGCCAGUCCGUUUCAAGCAAGAGCUGAGGAAUGAGGAGGCCACGGAGAGCGGGACGGCGACGCUGCAGUGUGAGCUGAGCCGGGCGGGCGGCUCCGUGCACUGGAGGAAGGACGGGAAGGAGCUGGUCCCCAGCAGGAAGUACCAAACACGGCGGGAAGGGCGCUUUGUCGAGCUGGUCAUCCAUGACCUGGACCUGACGGAUGCUGGGAGCUACACCUGUGUGUGUGGAGAGCAGGAGAGCACAGCUGCUUUGAGAGUGAAUGCCUUGCCUAUCCUCUUCCAAGAAGAACUGAUGAACGAGGAAGCUACAGAGGGGGAGGCAGUCACUUUGCGCUGCAAACUGAGCAAACCAGCCCCAGUUGAAUGGAAAAAGGGGAAUAGAGUGCUCAAGCCAAGUGAAAAGUACAAAAUAGAGCAGGAAGGUCCCUUUGUGGAGCUGACAAUCCAGGAUUUGGAUUUGGCAGACGCUGGGGAUUACAGCUGUGUGUGUGGAGACCAAACGACUACAGCUGCUCUGGCAGUAAAUGUCCUGCCUGCUCUUUUCACUAAGGGACUCCUGGACAAAGAAGCCACUGAGGGUAAAAGUGUCUCCCUGAGCUGUGAGCUGAACAAGGCUGCUGCUAACGUGGAGUGGAAGAAGGGCUUCAAGACCCUCAAGCCAAGUGACAAAUACAAAAUGAGGAGGGAAGGCGCCGUGGCUGAGCUUACAAUCCAAAGUCUAGACACGGCGGAUGCUGGGAAUUAUUCCUGUGUGUGUGGAGACCAGCAGACCAUGGCAGUUUUAACAGUUCAUGCUUUGCCUGCAUUUUUCAAGGAAGGGUUGAAGAACAGGGAAGCCACAGACGGUGCCACAGCCACUCUGCGCUGCGAGCUGAGCAAGGUGGGCGUCCCGGUGGAGUGGAGAAAAGGGGACAAGGCGCUCAAACCAAGUGAAAAGUACAAGAUGAGACAGGAAGAUACGGCUGCAGAGCUGCUGAUCCGGGAUCUGGAGGUGGAAGACACAGGAGAAUACACCUGUGUGUGUGGAGACCAGAAGACCUCGGCUGUCUUGACAGUCCACGCUCUGCCUGCACUGUUCAAAAGAGAUCUUGUCAAUGUGGAAGGCACAGAAAACAGGACGGCUGUUCUGCAGUGUGAGCUGAGCAAACCCGCCCCAGUGGAGUGGAGGAAGGGGCAGGAGGUGCUCAGAGCCAGUGAAAAAUACAAAAUGAGGCUGAAGGACACCACUGCUGAGCUGACAAUCCACAGCCUGGAGGAGGGAGAUGCAGGAGAUUACACCUGUGUGUGUGGAGACAAGACAACCACAGCUUCCCUGACAGUGCAUGCCCUCCCUCCUCACUUUAAGAAAGAGCUGAAGAACGUGGAAGGCACAGAAAAUGGCACGGCCACUCUCUGCUGUGAGCUGAGCAAAGCUGGAGCUGCUGUGGCCUGGAGGAAAGGAGACAAAACCCUGGGGACAAGUGACAAGUUCACCAUGAGGUGCCAGGGCACGGUGGCUGAGCUGGUGAUCCAUGAUUUAGUCCUGGCAGAUGCUGGAGAUUACACGUGCUCUUGUGGAGAGCAGGAAACCACGGCUGCGCUCAAAGUGAAUGCCCUGCCUGUGCACUUCCAGGAGGAGAUGAGGGAUGAGGAAGCCACAGAAGGUGCCACAGCCACCCUGCAGUGCGAGCUGUCCAGGGCUGCCCCCGUGGAGUGGAGGAAGAAGCACAAAGUGCUCAAACCCAGUGAAAAAUACACCAUGAGGCAGGAGGGCAGCAGAGCCCAGCUGCUGGUCCAUGCCCUGGAGCUCAGGGAUGCUGGGGAGUACACCUGUGUGUGUGGAGAGGAGAGGACAACGGCAGCACUGACAGUGCACGCCCUUCCUGCUCUGUUCAAAGAAGAGUUAAGAGAUGAGGAGGCCAAGGAGGGUGAAGCAGUGACUCUGCACUGUGAGCUGACCAAACCUGCCCCAGUGGAGUGGAGAAAGGGACACACAGCCCUCAAACCUAGUGAGAAAUACAAAAUGAGGCAGAAGGAUGUCACUGCAGAGCUGGUGAUCCACAGUCUGACCCAGAGUGAUGCUGGGGACUACACCUGUGUGUGUGGGGAGCAGCAGUCCACAGCUUCCUUGGCAGUACAUGUGCUGCCUGCAGCCAUCCAGGAGAGCCUGAGGGACGAGGAGGUGACCGAGGGUCAAGCGGCCACUCUGAGCUGUGAGCUGACCAAAGCUGCCCCCGUGGAGUGGAGGAAAGGCAGCACUUUGCUCAGAGCCAGUGACAAGUACAAAAUGCGGCAGGAGGGCACGGUCAGGAAGCUGCUUAUCCAGGAUGUGGAGUUGAAAGAUGCUGGAGAGUACACGUGUGUGUGUGGAGAGCAGGAGACAACAGCGGCCUUGAUAGUGCAUGCCCUGCCAGCCCUUUUCAAAGAAGACCUGAAGGACCUGCAAGCCAUGGAAAGUCAAACAGCCACUCUGCGCUGUGAGCUGAGCAAGGCUGCAGCUGUGGCAUGGAAGAAAGGCAACAAAAUACUCAGGGCAAGUGAAAAAUACAUCAUGAGGCAGGAGGGUGCCCUGGCAGAGCUGGAAAUCCAUGACCUAGAGCUGCAGGAUGCAGGAGAUUACACCUGUGUGUGUGGGGAGCAGCACAGCACGGCCUCUCUGACUGUGAAGGCCCUGCCAGUGCUUUUCAAGGAAAAGCUGAAGGAUGAAGAAGCCCAAGAAGGAGCAUCAGUGACUCUGAGAUGUGAAUUAACCAAAGGAGCUCCUGUGCAAUGGAAAAUAGGGCCCAAAGUGCUCAAAGCAAGUGACAAAUAUCAAAUGAGACAGUCUGGCACCACUGCAGAGCUGGUCAUUUGUGACCUAGAAGUAAAAGAUGCUGGAGAUUACACCUGUGUGUGUGGUGACCAGAAGACAACAGCAACCUUAACAGUUCAUGCUCUGCCAGCACUCUUUAAGGAGGAGCUGAAGGACCAGGAAGCAGAAGAAGGUGGAGAAGUGUCCCUGCUCUGUGAGCUCUCCAAGGCUGCUCCAGUGCAGUGGCAGAAGGACCAGAGGAUCCUCAAGCCAAGUGGGAAAUACAGAAUGAGGCAGGAAGGGCUGAAGGCAGAGCUGGUGAUCCAUGGAAUAGCUGAGGAGGAUGCAGGAAGCUACACCUGUGUGUGUGGAGAGCAGCAGACUACAGCUGUCCUGACAGUACAGGCUGUGCCUCCGUUUUUCCAAGAAGAAAUGACCAGCCAGGAAGGGGUAGAAGGUGGAACAGCCACUUUACACUGUGAGCUGAGCAAAGCCCCUGCCUGUGUGCAGUGGAGGAAGGGCCAGCACAUCCUCACCUCGGGCCCCAAGUACAGCAUGAGGCAGGAGGGACGUGCUGUGGAGCUGCUGGUCCAUGGGCUGGACCUGAGUGACACUGGGGACUAUUCCUGUGUCUGUGGAGACAAGAUCAGCACAGCUGCACUAACAGUUCACGUGCUGCCUCCAGAAUUCAAGAGAGAGCUGAAGGACCUGGAAGCUGGGGAAAAUGGCACAGCUGCUCUGCAGUGUGAGCUGACAAAACCUGCUGAGGUGCAGUGGAGGAAAGGGCAGGAGGUGCUCAAAGAGAGCAGAAAACAUGAAAUGAGUCAGGAUGGGGCUGUUGCAAAGCUGAUUAUCCACGAGCUGGAGGAGGAGGAUGCUGGAGUUUACACCUGUGUGUGUGGAGAUCAGCAGACAGCUGCCACGCUGACAGUCAAUGCCCUACCAGCCCUUUUUAAACAAGAGCUCCAGGACACCGAGGCAGAAGAAGGCGGCACAGUGACCCUGAGGUGUGAGCUCACCAAACCCAAGGCUCCAGUGGAGUGGAGGAAAGGGGAUGUCACUCUCUACCCUGGUCUGAAAUACGAGCUGAGGCAGCAGGGCUGUGCUGCUGAAUUGGUCAUUCAUGACCUGGAAGUGGAAGAUUCAGGAAUUUACAUCUGCGACUCUGGACACCAGCAGACAACGGCUGUGCUGGCCGUGCAUGCGCUUCCCAUCACGUUUAAGCAACCUUUACAAAAUAAGGAGUUUGAGGAAGGAAGCACAGCCACGUUCUGCUGUGAGCUGUCGAAAGCCAGUGCUGCAGUGGAAUGGAGGAAAGGAGGCGUGGGGCUGCAGCCCAGCCAGAAAUAUGAAAUGAGGCAGAGGGGAUGCCUGGUAGAGCUCUUGAUACACAACCUCAGAUUAGAAGACACAGGAGAAUACAGCUGUGACACGGGGGAUCAGGAAACCAGGGCAGCUCUGAAUGUGAAAGCUCUGCCAGUUCUUUUCCAAAAGCAGCUCAAAGAUGAGGAGGCAGAAGAAGGAGCCCCAGUGAAAUUCCAGUGUGAGCUGACAAAGGAUAACGCGGCCGUGGAGUGGAGGAAAGGCACCAUGGAGCUCUUCCCUUGUGCCAAAUACCAAAUUAAAUUAAGUGGGCGCACAGCUGAGCUUGUGAUCCAUAAUGUAGAGCCAGAGGAUGCCUCUGAUUACACUUGUGACACAGGAGACCAGCAGAGCACUGCAGUCCUCAGAGUGAAUGCCAUCAAACCCCAGCUGAAGCAGCAGCUGAGGAACGAGGAGGUGGAAGUGGGAGGAACAGCCAGGCUGCGCUGCGAGGUUUCCGUCAGCAAAGCAGAAGUGGAGUGGAGGAAGGAUGGAGUCCUGCUGCACCCCAGCUCCAAGUAUGAACUGUGGCAGGAUGGGACCCUCCGGGAGCUCCGUGUUCACCACCUGCAGCCCGGGGAUGCUGGGGAAUAUUCCUGCAAGGCUGGAGACCAGACAAGCUCUGCCAAACUCACCGUGAAAGAGCCUGACGUGACCAUCGUGAGCGGCCUCAAGGACACGGUGGUGGCCGAAGGGGACGAUGUCACCUUCAGGUGCCAGGUUUCCCACGAGAACGCCAGGGACGUCGAGUGGAAGCUGCAGGAUGUGGCUCUGCAGAACAACGAGAUGAACGAGAUCUCAGUGGAAAGGGGCAAGGUCCACACGCUGACCCUGAGGAAGGUGACAGAGCAGGACAUUGGCACCGUCACCUUCCGGGUGGGACCCCACACGUCCACAGCAGAGCUCAGGGUGAAAGCUUCUCCAGUCACCUUCACACACCCACUCCAGAACCAGCAAGCUGAGGAGGGUGGCACUGUCACUCUGAGCUGUGAGGUGUCCAAACCCAACACUCCUGUGCAGUGGAAGAAGGGGGGGACAGUGCUGCGAGCCAGUGACAAGUACAGGAUGCGCCAGGAGGGGGCCGUGGCUGAGCUGACCAUCCACAACCUGAGCCAAGCUGAUGCUGGGGACUACACCUGUGACACAGGGGACCAGCAAACCACGGCAGCCGUGCAGCUGAAAGAAGCAGCAGCCACCAUCGUGGAGGGGCUGAGGGACGUGGCCACGUACGAAGGAGAAGACGCGGUGUUCGAGUGCAGGCUGUCCCAGGAAGCAGCCCAGGAUACCCAGUGGUUCCUGGGGGAUGUUCCCCUGCAAUCCAACGAAAUGAAUGAGAUCAGAGUGCAAGGGACACGUCACAGCUUGACCUUGAGGAAGGUGACCCUGGAGGACUGUGGGUCCGUCAGUUUCAAAGUGGGGCAGCAUUCGUCGGCGGCGCAGCUGAAGGUGGAAGCUGCCCCAGUCACCUUCGUGAAGGCUCUGCACAACCUGGAGCUGCAGGAGGGUGGCACUGCCCACCUGUCCUGCGAGCUGUCCAAGCCUGAUGUCCCCGUGGAGUGGAAGAAGGGCACGUCUGUGAUCCAGCCCAGCCACAAGUGCAGCAUCCAGCAGGAGGGCAAGGUGCACACGCUGCUCAUCCGCGACCUGAACCGCGCCGACUCCGGGGAGUACAGCUGCCACACAGCUGCUGGCAAGACCACGGCCAGGCUGGAGGUCAAAGGCCUGCCCGUGCUGUUCCAGCAGUGGCUGAGGAACGAGGAGGUGGAGGAAGGGCGCACGGCCGCGCUGCGCUGCGAGCUGACGCGGCCCCACGCGCGCCUGCAGUGGCGCAAGGGGGACACGGUGCUGCAGCCCGGGGACAAGUACCAGAUGCGCCAGGAGGGGACACGAGCUGAGCUCCUCAUCUACCAGGCCGAGGCUCAGGAUGCUGGGGAAUACACCUGUGACUCGGGGGAUCAGCAGACCACGGCUUAUCUGCAGGUCAAAGCCAAGAACAGCAUUGUCCAGGGCCUGGAGAAUGUGGAGGCUGUGGAAGGAGGGGAAGCCCUGUUCGAGUGUUACCUCUCCAAGCCUGAGACCUACAAUUACAACUGGCUGAUUGAUGAUGAACCUGCCAAAACCACAGAAAACACUGAGAUGGUUUACUUUGAAAAUGGACUCAGGCAUAUCCUGCUGCUGAAGAAUUUGACUCCCCAGGACAGCUGCAGGGUGACUUUCAUGUGCAGCGAUGCGGUGACCUCAGCCUUCCUCACAGUGAAAGGGUGGCGCCUGCAGUUCCUGCAGCCCCUCACGGAUGUGGAAGUGUCUCUGGGGGAAAAAGCAACAUUUAGCUGUGUCCUGAGUGAAGCUGUGCCAGUGAAUGAAGUGGCCUGGUACAGUAAUGACACAGAGAUCCAGGCGGGGGAUGACUGGGAGGUACAAGCAGAUGGAAACAAAUACAAACUUAUCCUGAAAAAAGCCCAACUGCGUCAUUCUGGAGAGGUGACCUUUGCUUCCAGGGAGGCCAUUUCAUCAGCCAAGCUUUCUGUCAUUGCCCUCCCCGAGCCACCCGAAGCGCCAGAAGUCCUGAGUCAGAGCAGCCACUCCGUCACCCUGUCCUGGCACAAGCCGCUGGGUGACGGCGGCCAGGACAUCCUGGGCUACAAGGUGGAGAGGAAAAUCCCAGGAGUUGGCUGGCAGUCCUGCAGCGAGGGCCUCAUCCCAAACACGGAGCUCACCGUGGAUGGCCUCGCCCCGGGGGAGCCCUACAGAUUCCGAGUGUCGGCCGUGAACAAAGCGGGCGCCAGCGAGGCGCUGCACUUCCCACAGAUGGUGCGGUUAGAGCCUCCAGUUACCAUCGCCCAACCCUUGGUGGGAGGAUCUGUCUCGGAAGGGGGGGUGGCUCGCCUGGAGUGCACAUUAUCAAAUAAAACUGAGGAGAAAGUGACUUGGUUCAAGGGAAAAGAGCAAAUAAAAUCUGGAGGGAGAUACGAGAUCCUGUCUGAUGGAACAAAGCAGAUACUCAUUAUCCGUGGAUUUAAACCUGAGGACCAGGACAGCUACACCUGCGGCUUCUCCAGAAGUCAAAUCUGUUGCCAGCCUAUGUCUUGAAGGUAUGAAGUGUGCAUUGCUGGGGAGCAGGUGGAUGGACACAUCCAGCCCAGCCUGCCCCCUGAAGCUGCCCAGGAGGGAGAUCUGCACCUCCUCUGGGAAGCCCUGGCCAAGAAGCGCCGGAUGAGCCGGGAGCCCACCUUGGAUUCCAUCAGCGAGGUGCCCGAGGAGGAUGAGAAGCUGCAGAAGCUGAGGAAGGAGGAAGCAGAGAUGUCUCACUACUACUCGGAGGAGUACUCCACGUGUGACGAGCUGGCCAGGACAGGAGAGGCAGAUUUCUCUUUCACAAGCUCUGAUGACGAGUCUAGAGCUGGGACUCCUUCCCUAGUGAACUACCUCAAGAAAGCUGGGAAGAAGAGCACCAGCAUUACCAGCAAGGUUCAGUCCACCUCCACAGGCAAACUAUGGAAGCAGUGGGAGACAACCACUGUGGAGACCACUGUGGCCACCACAGCUGCUCAGCCAGCUGAACCAGAGCUGCCAGAUUUAGAUGACCCCUCCAUGAACAAGGCGGCUGUGAAGAUCCAAGCUGCUUUCAAAGGCUACAAAGUCAGAAAAGAGAUCAAGCAACAAGAGUGCCCGGUGUUCACUGAGACCUUCAAAGACUUCUCUGGUGAGCCUGGAAGCACCCUGCACCUGGAGUGUGUGGCCCACAGCAAAACCGAUAUGAACGUCCGCUGGCUGAAGGACGGCAAGGAGGUCUCGGAUGGUCGCUACUACCACAUCGACAGCUACAGCGACGGCACCUGCUCCUUGAUUAUCGCCGGCCUGGACAGGAAGGAUGCAGGCAAAUACACCUGUGAGGCAUCCAAUAAGUUUGGCAAGGUCUCACACAGCGCUAAGGUGGUGGUUGGCAGCACCGACAGCGAGACAGAGAGCUCGUCCGGCAGCGAGCUGGACGAUGCUUUCCGAAAAGCGGGAAGGAGACUCCACAGGCUCUUCAGGGCCAAGAUCUCCACGGAGAUCUCUGAUGUGGAGGAAGAGCUCUUUGUCAGUGCAGACGAAGGGGACAUAGAUGUGGUUGACCACCAGACAUACCGUGAGGAUGACCAGUACAUCUACAUCAAGUUUGAAGUCAUGUCCGAGGCCAAGACGGCGGCCACACGGUUCAGAGAGAUGUUUGGCGCUCUGGGAAUUCCAGUGGAGAUCGACAUCUUGGAGCAAGGCCCGAAAAAAAUCGAAUUGCGCAUUGGGAAGGCAUCACCUCCCACUCUUGGGAAGUUUCCACCUCCAGCGAGACCUCCACCACCUUUGCUGACUUCUGACACAGCCCCCAUGUUCAUGACCGAGCUCCAAAACCAAGAGGUCCAGGACGGGUACCCAGUGAGCUUUGACUGCAUCGUCAUUGGCAAACCCCUGCCCACGGUUCGCUGGUUCAAGGAUGGCAAAGCUAUUGAGGAAAACGAUCACUACAUGAUCAAUGAGGACCAGGAAGGGUGUCACCAGCUGAUCAUCACCGCUGUGGUGCCCACGGACAUGGGCGUCUACCGCUGCCUCGCUGAGAACAACAUGGGCGUGGCUUCAACCAAGGCUGAGCUCCGUGUGGACUUGACCAGCACAGACUAUGAGACAGCAGCAGAUGCAACAGAGACAUCAUCUUACUACAGUGCCAAGGAAUAUAUUUCAAGCCGAGAACAGGAGGAAUCCAUGACUGAGGAGGAGCAGUUGCCCCAGAUCUUUGAUGAGCUUCAUGAUAUUCACGUGGCACCUGGAGCAUCGCUGGCUAAAUUUCACCUGAAGGUGAAAGGGUACCCUCAGCCUCGUCUCUAUUGGUUCAAAAAUGGGCAGCCCCUAAAGGCCUCGGACCGGAUCCUCAAGACUGACAGGCAGGAAUUCCACUCCCUGGAAAUCCGCAACGUCACCAAAGCAGACGCCGGCCAGUACUUGAUAUUUGUCAUCAACUCUGCUGGCUCUGCCUAUUCCUCAGCCAGGCUGGUAGUCAAAGAUCCUUAUGAGAAAGAAGAGCCAUCCAAAACAGAUUCCCAUGAGCAGCUGAUACCGCCAAGAUUCCUUGAAAGAUUUACAAAUAAGAAGGUGAAAAAGGGUGCAAGCAUCACAUUAUCUGUGAAGGUUGAAGGACAUCCACCACCAACAAUCACUUGGAUGAAGGAAGAGUCUCGGGAGGACAUCCUGUGGAUCAAACCAGACACCCCUGGGUACAAACUGGCCAGUUCCAACAUGCACCACAGCCUGAUCCUCUUGGAUGUCAAGAAGAAGUACAGUGGAGCUUACACCUGCAUUGCCACCAACAAGGCUGGCCAGUCCAUCUGUACUGCCAACCUGGAAGUUGCAGAUGUGAAGGAGGCUGAAGUCCUGACCCAGGAGCGUGUGAUGGUGUCAGAAGCCAUCAUGACCACACUGGGAACUAUUCAGUCCUCUGAAGGAGACCUUGAAGCUGGCAGAGAAGGUGUGCCCAAAAGCCCUGUUUCAUUAGCUGAUGUUGGCUCAGAAGAGUUCUUCCAGAAACUCACCUCACGUAUCUCAGAAAUGGUAUCUGCAAAAAUAACUCAGGCUAAACUUCGAGUACCAGGUGCAGAAAGUGAUGAUGAGUCAAGAACUCCCUCUGCAUCUCCUCGCCAUGGACGGUCCAGACCUUCAUCCAUUGCUCAGGAAUCCUCCUCUGAAUCUGAAGAUGGGGAUUCCAGAGGGGAGAUCUUUGAUGUCUACAUGGUCACUGCUGACUACGUGCCCGCGGCGCCGGACAAGGAGACCAUCACCCUGAAGGAAGGACAAUAUGUGGAAGUCCUGGAUUCAGCUCAUCCUCUGAAAUGGCUGGUCAGGACUAAACCCACGAAAUCGAGUCCCUCUCGACAGGGUUGGGUGUCUCCAGCUUAUCUGGACAAGAAAUUAAAGUUGUCUCCGGAGUGGGGAGCAACAGAAAUUCCAGAGUUUCCUGGAGAAUUUGUUUCUGAAGAUGAAUACAAAAGGAAGCUAAGUGUUCUCAUUCAGGAGCUGUUGAUCUCAGAGGAAGAUUACAUUCAGGAUUUACAGUUCCUCCAGACUCAUCACCUUCGGUACACUGAGACCUGUCCCAGUGUGCCAGGAGCUGUUGCCAGUCAGAAAUCCACCAUCUUCAGGAAUAUUGAUGACAUUGGUCGCUUCCAUUCCAGUGUGUUCCUGAGGAGCCUGCAGGGCUGUGACACUGACGAUGACGUGGCCAUGUGCUUCAUCAAGCACGAAGCAGAGUUCAACAGGUACAUCCAGUACCUGGUGGGAAGGGUCCAGGCAGAGUCCAUUGUUGUCAGCAAAGCUGUCCAGGAUUUCUACAAGAGAUACACAGAUGAAUAUUUAACUAAUGAAGAUCCCUCACAACCACUUAUCCCACCACUGCAGCACUACCUGGAAAAACCCAUAAACAGGAUCCAGCAGUACCAGACAAUAAUUAAGGAAUUGAUCCGAAACAAGGCCAGGAACAGCCAGAACUGCACUUUGCUGGAGCAGGCCUAUGCCAUUGUGUCUGCCCUCACCAGAAGGGCAGAGAACAACCUGCACGUCUCACUCAUUGAGAAUUACCCAGGGACCUUGGAGAGCCUUGGGGAGCCCAUCCGCCAGGGCCACUUCAUUGUGUGGGAAGGAGCUCCAGGAGCUCGAAUGGCGUGGAAAGGACACAAAAGACAUGUUUUCCUCUUCAAAAAUUAUAUUGUGAUCUGCAAACCAAAGCGAGACACAAAGACUGACACCUACAGCUACAUCUUCAAGAACAUCAUGAAGCUGAACAACAUAGAUGUGAAUGACCUGGUGGAAGGGGAUGACCGGGCCUUUGAGAUCUGGCACGAGCGGGAGGACUUGGUGCGCAAGUACCUGCUGCAGGCGCGGACUGUGAACAUCAAGAACUCCUGGGUGAAGGAGAUCUUGGGCAUCCAGCAGAGGAUCAGCGAGCCCAUCUGGAUUCCUCCAGACUUUGAGGAAGAGCUGGCAGACUGCACAGCUGAGCUGGGAGAGACAGUCAAGCUGGCCUGCAAGGUGACAGGAGCUCCCAAGCCAUCCAUCAGCUGGUACAAAGAUGGAAAGCCUGUGGAGGUGGAUCCCCACCACAUUAUAAUAGAAGAUCCUGAUGGCUCCUGCACGCUGAUCUUGGACAACCUGACAGGGGCUGACACAGGGCAGUACAUGUGCUUUGCUUCCAGUCCUGCUGGGAAUGCCAGCACCUUGGGAAAGAUCCUUGUUCAAGUGCCCCCACGGUUUGUGAACAAGGUCAGAAAUGCUUAUCUUGUCGAGGGUGAAGAUGUCCAGUUCACCUGCACUGUGGAAGGAGCACCCAGGCCUCAGAUCAGGUGGUACAAGGAUGGGGUGCUGCUGAAGGACACCAGUAAAUACCAGACUUUCAGUGAACCACGGAGUGGCAUCGCAGUGCUGGUGGUCAAGAACCCUUCCAAUGAGGACAUGGGGCACUAUGAAUGUGAGCUGAUGAACAGAUUAGGGUCUGCCAAGAGUGGAGCAGAGCUUUACCACCACAGCGCCGCUGCCCUGACCCAGGAGAGGAGAGGAGACCAAGCCAUCACCAUUGAAGUCACUGAACAAGAGACUAAAGUGCCCAAGAAAACCAUCAUCAUAGAGGAGACCAUAACCACGGUGGUGAAGAGCCCAAGACAAAGGGGAAGGGUUUCUCCUGCACGUUCUCCUUCAGGUCAUUCUCCUUCCCGCUCUCCGCGGGCGGAGCCAGUUCCGGAGCCGGUUUAUGUCUCCAAGAUCAGGCAGCCUGUCCACAGACACGACCAGGAGGCAGCAGCAAAGUCUGCUGCUGUUCCCAUGCUGUAUGUCACAGAACACGAGGACAUGCAAGGGGCAGCGGCGAGAGACGUCGUUGUGGAGAGCACAGUGGAAGAGAAAAAGCCCAAGUGGGUCGAAGUGGAAGAAAUCAUUGAAUUCAAGGUGAAAAAGUCACCAAAGCCCACAAGGAAAAGAGGUUCUUCCCCAGUAAAACAAGAAAAAGAUGAGUCAGGGGUGUUAACGUUCACUUUUCCCAGCUCAAGGCCAAAGCGCUCCCCAGAAGACGAUCCCAACACAAACAACUCCAACAAUAAAUUGGUGGAACAGUCAAAAUCUUUGCCGAAUGAGGGGCUCUCUGAAGGUGACAUCCAGCCUCUGGUGUACACAGCCGAGCAGGAAGGACCUCAAGUCAGCGGCGAAGAGAGAAACUCCCCCUGUGGGUCUGAGCAAUUAGGAAGUGAUUCAUUUAUGGAUUAUGGGAGUGAAGGAAAGAGCUGCCCUCAGGAGCCACGUGCUGACUGCGGGUCAGGCACCACCUCCCCUCUGCUCGCCUGCGGGGGUGAGCCUUUGGUCUUCAGUUUUGGGACAGCUGUGGGAGACCAACACCAAGUUCUGUUCUCCCCAGUGAGUCCAGAGGGUAAGGAAGGGCUCGAUGAAGUGGAUGUCUCUUGGCCUGUUGGAGAGGAGGUACCUGAAGUAAUACAGGACAUCCUUCCCGAAGAGGACAGCGUCAUCGUGGACGAGCCAGAGGAGCCACACACCGACGACAUCAGCACCCGGGACCGCAAGAUUUUAACCCACAACGGCAAACUCUUAACUCUGGAGGACCUGGAGGAUUACGUCCCUCAGGAAGGCGAGACCUACAGGUGUGAGGAUCAGAAGCCCAUGGCGGAGAAGCCCUGCGAGAUCUCCGUGCUGCAGACGGAGAUCAACGAGCCCACCAUCGGCAAGCCGGUGCUGCUGAGCCUGGUCAGGCCCGUGGUGCCCGAGCCCAGGCAGAGGUUCUUCAGCCAGUACGAGGAGCAUGUCCCCGGGGCCGUGUUCCUGUCAGCCUCUAGGGUGGCUGGUGUGCAGUCCUCAGGCCCUUCCAACAUCUCCUUCCGCGUGAGCGACGCCCGCGCGGCACCUCCUGGCCCCUCCUUCACGGUGAAGCCCUCGUUCUGCACCGAGGUGCAGCGCUCCGCGGACAACGGGCAGUCCAGCUUUAAAACUGAAGUUUCCACCAGAACCCUCAGCUAUGGGACUGUUGGCGAGCCUGUCACCUUGCACAUCAGCACAGAAGACCUCUCCCAGAGCUGAGCGGACGCCAGCGUGGUUUUUAACACCAAAAAGAGCAGCUUUAUGUAAAAAAAAUAAAUACCAGAAUUGUUGUAGGCGAGGGGAAUUGGUGGCGAAGAUUACAAGGGAAUGCCUUAGAGGGAAAUGUAUUUAAAUAUGAUGUGUCAAGCUUUUCCAGUCUUAAAGGGAACAGUCUGUCAGAACAGUUUGUAACUUUAAAAGCUUUGAUCUAGAUGAACAUGUAUCAUUCCAUAGUGGAGCAGUGAUGGGAGGUUAAGGAAAAGCCUGAUUCUUCUACCUAUGACAGAAAUAUAGAUGAAGAAGUGUGUUUUUUUUUUUUUGUCCAUGAACUUAAUGAUUUUUUAAAGUGCCAGUUUUUGGUGUGGCAAGGAGGUGAAAGUAUCUAAGCUUUUCAGCAUCCUUCAGUAGCCCAGGACAGGGGUGUCUCCUGUCACUGUGUGGGCCCAAAGGUCAUGAAGCUUCACUGUGCUUUGACUCUGCUCUGCACUUGUGACGCCAGUUAGCUCUACCAAAAUUUCUUCAUAAACCUUUCAAGAUGCACAGUCUGGUUGCAUUUUUUUAACCUUCUGCCAAAUAAUGAGAUAUAUAGUAGAUAUUACAUAUACCAGAGAUUCAAAGGGCUGCUCAGGCAUUUUUUUGGUCGAAGUCCCAGUUUGAGUCUAGUCAGUGGAGGGAGUCCCACUGUCAUGAGGAAGCAAGAGUUUUGUUGUUCUCUUCUGCUUUAAGUGAAAAAGACUGUCUUUUCUAAAUGACUGAUAUUUUCAAAUCCACUUCCUAGUUGUCUGAUAAUGUAGGUUUCAUUAUUCUGCAUUCUAGUGGGGUGGAUUUAUAAACCAUAUCUUUUGAAAUAUAAUU